GGGUUGAAAAGUUGGGGGCACUGGGAAACCUCUCUAAUGUAUCCCCGUCUCAAGUAUUCUGGGGGAUCGGACCAGUUUAGUUGAUUAUCUGGCAGUGCCAACGGUUGCUUCUCUUUCACACGUCUUAGAGACUCAGUCACGCGGAACGAGGGAGGAUAGGGAAGAGAGGAGGCGCUUAAAAGAAAUGACAAAGCAAGCUGUCACGCUUAAACGCGUAAAGUUGUGGAUGUUGUCACUUAUGAGUGUCAGAAUAUUGGCAGAAUGAAAUGUGGCUUUUCAGUAAAUUAUGCCGGUGUUUAUUGAGAGAGGGAAAAAAUUGUGAAUGACACCGGUGUAUAUUUCAGACAGGGGGAAUUUGUCAAUGGAGGAGUAUCACCUACGUUACUGCUAAUUAGUCUCUAAUUAGUUCAGCUAAUAUAAUUAUAACGUGUAGUAAUUAUGUUACGUUAAUGUUAGUGGAUGAUAUCGGGUGAGUUACAUAUUUCAAAGUCGGCGUUCCAUCCCUUUAAUUAUUUAUCAUUUCGUCUGCAGACCACAUCGUUAAUUGUUUUUUUUCUUGAUUUAUUUACUCAAGAUCAGGACAGAGGAGGAUCCAUUCUAAUUACCAACAAAUGAGGGAAUAGGUUUCCUGACCCUGCUUGACUUAAAAAAAAAAAAAAAAAGAAAUACAACAAAACACAGGGACUUUUCUUUUAUCUGCAGUGCACAGUAUAAAUGCGUACAUACACGCAUACAAAGGCACAUAUAUAUAUACAUAUCAUUUAUUAGGCAUCUACUUGUGUACAUAUACACAUUUUCUUUUAUCUUACACUGCCGUAUUGAUAAUGCAGAAAUUAUAAGUCUUUUCGCCUACAAGAGUCUGUUUUUGUAUGGAAAUUGGAAAGGACUUUAAACUCUUAUGGUGAGUUAACCAUUAGAAAACAGUUUAUAGCAGAGACUCCAUCUAAGAAUAUCUGAAGAAGGAAUUGUAAUUCCGAAAUAUCAUCGGACUAUAGAUAACUAAAUUACAACAGAAUAUCAGAAACAGCAAAGAAUUGUUUCUGUCAGAUCUGUCACCAAUAUUAACCAUCUUUUCAAGACUAAAGGAAAAUGUUACACAGAAUGGAUAUAUAUAUUCCUUUUUAUAUAGAUCUAUGGUGAAUUAAAAAUAAAUAUUUCUUUGGAACUGAGAGAAAUAUCAACAUUUAUUUUCUUCACUGCUUGAAAAAUUUACAAACAGACUUUGCAUUUUAAUUAAACUUGGAUUACAAAGGAAUUUUGUAACAACCUCAGAUAAUCAAAAUUUGGUGCUUAUGGAAAUAUUGCAGCAGUAGUGUUUGUUAGGUAUAUAGUACAAGGACAAAAAGAGGAAAACUUGUGUCUGUUGUCGUAAGAAAACGAAAAUUAUGGAAAAUGAAUUAAUUGAGAACAAGGUUAAAAGUGAAAUACAGAAGAUUGACUUUUCUGAUGAUGUAAAGAACGAGAAAGGAAAACCGUCAUUUAAUUGUGAUAUCUGUGGUAAAUCGUUCUGCCGAAAAGGUAACAUUACUAAACACAAACUUAUUCAUACAGGAGAAAAACCAUAUCAUUGUGAUAUCUGUGGUAAAUCAUUUUAUCAAAGUGAUCACUUAACUAUUCACGUACGCAUUCAUACAGGGGAAAAGCCAUAUUUCUGUGAUUUCUGUGGUAAAUCAUUCUCGGAGAAUAGUUCUUUAACUAAACAUAAACGUAUUCAUACUUUGGAAAAACCACAUAAUUGUGAUUUCUGCGGUAAAUCAUUUUCUAAUGGUGACGGUCUCACCAGACACAAACGAAUUCAUACGGGUGAGAAGCCACAUCCCUGUGAUAUCUGUGGUAAACCAUUCUCUCAAAGAGGUGACUUAAGUAGACACAAAUACAUCCAUGCAGAAGAGAAACCAUAUCAUUGUGAUAUCUGUGGUAAGUCAUUCUCUCAAAAAGGUAAUUUAAUUAAGCAUAAACGUAUUCAUACAGGAGAGAAACCAUAUCACUGUGAUAUCUGUGGUCAGUCAUUCUGUGCAAGUUGUGACUUAACUAUACACAUACGUAUUCAUACAGGUGAGAAACCAUAUCACUGUGAUAUCUGUGGUAAGUCAUUCUCUAAAAAAGCUACGCUGAACUCUCAUAAAAAUAUUCAUACAAGAGAGAAACACCUUGUGUGAUGUGUGUGGUAAAUCAUUGUCUAAUGAUGGUUACUUAACACAAACACAUCCAUGCGAUUGAGAAGCCAUAUCACUGUGAUAUUUGUGAUAAAUCAUUCUCUGAAAGUAGUGGUUCAGACAUGAACACAUUCACACAGGGUAAAUUCCAUAUCACAAUGAUAUCUGUGAAGGACAUAUUCUUUCAAAGAAGAAUCUUUACAAAACACAAGUGCACUCAAACAGGAGAAAAGCUAUAUCACUGCAAUGUCUGUGAUAAGUCAUUCUCUGAAAAUGGUGACUUAAUUCAACCCAAACUUAUUCAUACAGGAGAGUAACCAUAUCACUUCAAUAUCUGGUAAAUCGUUUUCUGAUGACAACCAAUUAACUGAACACAAACACAUUCAUACAGGAGUAAAAAUAUAUAUCCCUGUGACAUCUGUAUUAAAUCUUUAUCUCAUGGAUAUAUAUUAACUACUCGUAAAGGGGAGAAAAAAAAACCUUAUCGUUAUGAUGAAUCAUCUGCUGAAUCUUGGUCACUUAACUAAACCCAAGCAUAUUCAUAGAGGAAACAAUAUUGUGACAUCUGUUGCAAAUUAUUACCUCAUGGAUAUAAGUUAACCACUAACAAACACACAUGCAAGGGAGAAACCUUAUGACUAUCACAUCUGUGGUAAGUGCUUCACUAAAACUGGUCACGUAACUAAACACAAGCUAAUUCAUAUGGGAGAAAAGCAAUAUUGUGACAUUUGUAGCAAAUCAUUAUCUUAUGGAUAAAUAAUCAUACAGGGGAAAAUCCUAUUCUUUGUGACGAAUCCUUAACUAAACACUAGUUUAUCCAAACAUGAGACAACCCAUAUCAUUGUGGCAUCUGUUGUAAAUUAUUAUCUCUAGGAUAUACUUCAACUUCUUAUAGAAGGGAAAAAACCUUAUCAUUGUGACAUCUGUGAUGAAUCCUUCACUGAAACUGGGGCCACUGAACUAAACUCAAACUCAUUCAAACAGGACAGGAAUCAUAUUUCUGUGAUAUCUAGCGAUGCCUGCUGGGUUCGGCUGCUCUACAUUGAUAAGAGGCAAUAAUACCUUGAAACUAGUCUGUAGAUGCCAGACCAGCAAGGGGAAGCGGCUGACCUCCCCUUGUUCGAAGGUUAUAAUGGACACAGGUUCGUGUGUGACAUAGCUAGCUAGAGGCGAUGGCCUCUUGGAGCUAAUCAACGGCAGCAUUCGUCCUAUUUUUUGGACUGCCAUGUUGGCUUGGCGAUAACUAUUGAUAUGCUAAAUCAUUUUCUCAAAAACGAUCCCUGACUGACCAUAUUGUUAUUAAUAUGCAUCAAUAACUCUAUCAAAAUAUAGGCUCAUAAUAUACACAGUGCAACAAGCACUGCAAGUGUGAUUACAUUUAGUUGGGUUAACUGUUUCCUGUUUCUCAUUUGUAUAAUUAAUAAUGUUAUCAUUAUUGGUUAUCUUUCAUUGGAGUAGCCUAGAAGUUGUAUAAAUGUACUCUAUACAAGAAAAUAUUAAUAUUCAUAUUGAUAUUGAUACAUAAGGAGUGCAGUCAAACACGUUUCACUGGUUUUUUUUUUGUUGGUUUGUAUAUUUUGUUGCCCAUAUUCAUUUUCUCGUUUUUGUUAGUAAAUCUGUUAAUAUUAAGAAUAUUGCUAUUUCAAAAUACUCAUCAAAUUUGUUGGUAUACUAAUGAAAUAAAAGAAAGAAUUUGAUGAACAAAAAUGAAGUGUUGCAUGUUAUAUCUUCCUUGUGUUUAUCUCAAUUGUUAGAAUUGAUUUUGUGGAAAAUAAAUUAUAUUAAGUGCAUUCAAUAA